AUGGAGCAGUGGAAGGGUCGUGUAGCCGUUGUAACAGGAGCUUCUUCAGGAAUUGGCGCUGCAGUCGCCAAGGAUCUCGUUAAAGCGGGAAUGAUAACGAUCGGUUUGGCGCGAAGGGUUGAGCGCAUUGAAGCAUUGAAGAAGGAUCUUCCAACGUCCCUUCAGAGCAAUCUUCAUGCCUACAGCUGCGAUAUUACGAAAGAAGAUGAAAUUGUUAAAGUUUUCUCGGCAAUUGAUGCAAAAUUCAAUGGGAUUGAUGUGUUGAUUAACAACGCCGGAGCGACGUAUGAUAUGGACUUGAUAAAAGGAGAUAAUUCAGCAAAAAUUCGUCAAGUGAUCGAUACGAAUGUUCUUGGAUUGGUUUUCUCCACACGCGAAACCUACAAAUCAAUGGAGAAGCAUGGAAGGAAUUCUCAUGUUGUUCACAUAAAUAGCAUUGCGGGGCAUGGCAUAAUUCGUCCACUUUCAAUGCCAUCGCACAAUAUCUAUGCGCCAAGUAAGUGGGCCGUAACGGCCAUAACAGAAAUUCAUCGACAGGAAUUUAUCCGAAGUAAGCAUCACAUUAAGGUGACCUCAGUUAGUCCUGGAGCUGUUGAUACGGAUCUGCUGUCUAAGUGCUACAAAGAAUCCUUCCCGGAUAUGCCAAUGCUCAAACCUGAAGAUGUUUCCAAUAGCAUUCUUCAUGUUCUAGGGACUCCUACGCAUGUUCAAAUUCACGAACUUACCAUUAAACCCUUCGGGGAGAAUCUUUAGUAAUUCGCACGCAAGGUU